AUGGAGUUGAAUCCAGUUUCUUCAGAGAAGAAGAGCAUAAACAGUACUGCCAAGAAGAACACUUUCUCUGCUACUCAUCGGAAGCUUUUAAUUAUUGGACGAGAAGGAGAGGAAAAGGAAAAGCUGGCUAACCCAAACAGGAUAUGGAGUGAUAACUGUUCAAUAUUAGACAUAGUUAUAAGCCAAGGAGCCACGGAGCCGCUGCCAAAUGGGAUACCCACAUACACCGUGGAGAUCAUGAACGCGUGCAUUGCGGGGUGCAACAUUUCCAGGAUCCACGUCAACUGUGGGUGGUUCAGCUCCGCUCGACUCAUCAACCCCCGCGUCUUCAAGCGGCUCCAAUUUGACGAUUGCCUGGUCAAUGAUGGAAAGCCCCUAGUGUAUGGUCAUACAAUCUCUUUCCAAUAUGCCAACACCUUCCGUUAUCCCAUCUCUGUUUCUUCCAUUGCUUGUUGA